UCACAAAUAGUUUACAGCCAAUGCUGUGGUAAAGCUCAUUUCGAUUUAAACAAUAACAGCCUCAUUUUGGAGAAUGUGACAGCGCAGGUUGAAGGAGUAUUCAAGGAAACUAUUAUUACAAAUAAUUCUUCCACAAAAAGCUUCAAAUUUGUAUUAAAUAUUUUACACCCAUUAAAUGCAACAGGAAUUGUUGUCUCCUGGAGUGUCAACAACACAUUUGUGUCUCUCACGUGUAAAGUGCGCGGAACGCAUACCAAUAUAAUGUGGAAGAGAGAAGAUUCUCCAAUUCAAAGGGACAACAGACACUCAUUCAGUGAAAACAACCAGACUCUACACAUCAGCCAUAUAACCAGUUCAGAUGAUGGAAAAUACAGUUGUGUGGCAACAAAUUCAAUUGGAAAAUCAGAAACACAAACGCACAUUACCAGUGAGGAAGUUUUCACAUACGGUGAAAACACAACAUUUUACCAAGAACAUGAUGCUAACAGCAAACAACAUCAGGCUAUCCAGACUUUACUUUGGAGAGGACUCGCAUUCAUAGGCAUUUUGGGACUGUGUGUUAUUGUGUUCUAUGGCAUAAACAAAUAUUGUCACAGUCAAGUUCACAGAGGAAAACAAGACAGGAAUACAAGAGGUCACAGAAGAGUAAAUAACAGAACUACAGAAGAGGAUGUUGACAUUAGUCUUGGAAUUUAUCAGGAAGUACCUGGCACUGAGGUGUAUCACUGCGGAGGAAUAACAGCUGAUAAGAUGAAUAUUCAUUGAUUCGUGUCUGAUGCAACCAAGAACAUCAACAACUAAUUUAAAACUGAGCAAAAUAAAUGUAAAACUUUGUUUAAGAUAUCAUACUUGACCGCUAAGUGACCGCAUAAGAACCAUUGUGUUUCCUCUUGAAUUUGCUGCUUCCUGUGUACGUCAUGGUACUGUGGUCUUGUGAUAAUGUCAUAAAAACACUUUGGCUUUUAAAGUCACAUUUAAUAGGCAUCGUCACUGCAACCCAUUGAUGAAUAUUAUACACAUUAGAUAAAUGACUUAUGUCAUUCAGGGUAAUUGGGAGAGCAAACGGUGGUUUGUCCUGCAUGUCAACCUUUGUUGAAGGUCCUGUACAUCAAUGAAAUGACUUGUCAAGAAGUCAGGGACAGUUUAAUUGCUGUUAAAAGGCAAGACUACAUGUCAGUGAAGUGACUUUGACGGAUGUUUUUAAUCUUUCUAAAUGGACAGAACAUCUGAGUGAGAAUCAUUACAUGUGCAGAUAGGCUAGACUUUGUAAUGCAUAACCGGUUUUCUGACAUGUUUUUUCAAAGAUUUAUUUUUUCCAAGUUGAUGUGUCAACAGUCGUGUUGUGUAAGUAAUGAUACUUAACAGUGUAUAGAUUUUCCAUAUCUUAAUGAUGUGUAACACUGCAUGUCUUUAAAUACAUUACAACCUUGCUAAUACUAUACUUCUGUUUUAUUACUGCAUAUUAAUAAAGACU